AUGGACCUCCUGGGAAUCGACAACGAUGACUAUUCCGAUUAUGAGAACUACAGCACGGACCCCAAUAUCCCCGUGGACAACUCUUCCUACACCCCCCCGAGGCUGGGCGCCCCGGACGUGCUGUCCCUGGCGAUCUUCGCGGUGGUCUUCCUGGUGGGGGUGCCCGGCAACCUCAUGGUGGUGUGGGUGACGGGGUGCGAGGCCCGGCGCGCCAUCAACGCCAUCUGGUUCCUCAACCUGGCCGCGGCGGACCUGCUGUCCUGCCUGUCGCUGCCCAUCCUGUUCGUGAACAUCCUGCACCACAACGACUGGUCCUUCGGGGAGGCCGCCUGCCACGUGCUCCCCUCGCUCCUCCUGCUCAACCUGUUCGCCAGCAUCCUGCUGCUGGCCGCCAUCAGCGCCGACCGCUUCCUGCUGGUGUUCAACCCCAUCUGGUGCCAGAACUACCGUGGGGCCCGGCUGGCCUGGGUGGCCUGCGCCGUGGCCUGGGGCCUGGCCCUGCUGCUCACCAUCCCCUCCUUCGUGUACCGGAAGGUGAACGUGCAGCAAUUCCCCGACAAGAUGGAGUGCGGCCUCAGCUACGGACGCGACGCCGCCGGCGUCCGCAAGGAGAGGGCCGUGGCCACCGUGCGGCUGCUGGUGGGCUUCCUGUGCCCGCUGGCCACCCUCUCCGUCUGCUACACCUUCCUCCUGCUGCGGACCUGGAGCCGCAGCGCCACGCGCUCCACCAAGACGCUCAAGGUGGUGGCCACGGUGGUGGCCAGCUUCUUCCUGCUCUGGCUGCCCUACCAGGUGUCCGGGAUGGUCCUGGCCUUCCUGCCCCCGUCCCACCGCCACUACAAGGCCGUGUCCCGCUUCGACGCCCUGUGCGUCUCCAUCGCCUACAUCAACAGCUGCAUCAACCCCGUCAUCUACGUGGUGGCCGCCCGGGGCUUUCAGGCCCGCGUCCUCAAGUCCCUCCCCGCCCGGCUGCGCAACGUGCUGACCGAGGAGUCCCUGGCCAAGGGGUCCAAGUCCUUCACGUCCAAGUCCUUCACGCUCUCCACGGUGGACCAGAGGAGCCAGGCCAUGGUGUAG